GCUGAGGCAAAAAGGAGGGGACCAUUCCAUCUGGUAAACACCCCAACCGGGCCCAGGAAAAUCCUGUCUAAUCGGCAGAGAGAGAAAGAGAGUGGGCCCCGGGAGCCCGACUGCAGUGCCAACGACCUCCAUCCCUGGGCUGACAGGGCCCUAGCUGGAGCUUGAGGGAGACUACCGGAAGACAAGGGAAGGUCUGGCUGUGCUGGACUGGAGGGAGAAGGGCCUUCCAGGCCUCUAUUUUGGUCCCUCCGGACUCCUGGAGAGCCAUGUCUCUUCCCCGACAACUGCGAGAUGAGAGUGAUUUUGACCAGCUCCCGGACGAUGUGCCUAUCUCAGCCAGCAUUGCUGACACUGAAGAGAAGAGAGGUUUCACCAGCUACUUCGUGUUUAUCAUUGAAGUGAAGACGAAAGGAGGCUCCAGGUAUCUCAUUUACCGUCGUUACAGCCAGUUCUACGCUCUGCACACCAAGCUGGAGGAGCGGUACGGUCCCGAGAGCAAGACCAGCCCCUACGCCUGCUCUCUCCCCACUCUUCCGGCAAAGGUUUAUGUCGGUGUGAAACAGGAAAUUGCAGAGAACCGGAUUCCUGCCCUCAACUGCUACAUGAAGAACCUGCUGUGUCUGCCCACCUGGCUGCUGAUGGACGAAGACGUCCGCCUCUUCUUUUACCAGUCAUCCUACGACGCUGAGCAGGUGCCCCAGGGUCUGAGGCGGCUGCGGCCACGCACGCGCAAGGUCAAGAGCAUCUCCCCACAAAGCCCUAGCUUCGACCGCUUGGCAGCUCCACGGGCUGAGGCCCUGUUCAGUUUUACUGGGAACAAUCAGCUUGAACUCAGCUUCAAGGCCGGAGACCUGAUCUUUCUGCUCAGCCGGAUCAACAAAGAAUGGUUGGAGGGCACAGUCCAUGGGGCCACCGGCAUCUUCCCGCUCUCCUUUGUGAAGAUCAUCAAAGAUCUCCCAGAGGAAGAGGACCCCAGCAACUGGUUGCGCUGUCACUACUAUGAAGACACCGUCAGCGUCGUCAGGGACAUUGCCAUCGAAGAGGAUUUGAAUAGCACCCCUUUAUACAAGGAUCUGCUGGCACUCAUGCAGCGGGAGUUCCAGCGCAAAGAUAUCGUCCUCAACUACCGGGACCCCCAGGGAGACCUGGUGCGCCUGCUGUCUGACCAGGACGUGAGGCUCAUGGUGAGGCAGUCCUCCCGCAACGCCCCCGUCCAGACCCACCUCUUCGCCUGGAAGCUGCACAUCACCCAGCGAGAUGACUUCAGCGUCUACAACACCUCCUCCUGAGACGGCCCGCCCCGACUGCUCGGACACUGCCGCUCUAUACCGACCCUGCAGUCGUCCUCCCCUGAUCGGCCGGUGGUACCGCUUGUUCCAUGUGUGAAAAUAAUAAUAAUUAUUAUUAUUA